AUGAGUAGAAGGAUAUCUGGUGCUAAUGACCCUUUGCUAGACAUGUUUUUCGAUGAUGAUUUUGUACCUCAAGCAUUCGUCGACAUAUUGUUAUCAUCUUUCCAGACAAGCCAAUUAGAAGAAUUGAAGACCAAUUGCUCUAGUCUACUUUCAAAAAUGGACUAUUACAGUGGGCAUAUUACAAAAGAACUUGAGUCCACUAUUCAGGUGCUUCAGAAGCCUGCUGAACUUAUUAUAUACGCAGCAAAUGAGGAACAGCAAGGAACAACAAAACUAGAGUAUUAUUUGGAUACUCUAGCGAAUAGUGUGAACUUAUUAGAGACAGACGUUAAAGCUAUUGAUAAACAAUUAGAAGAGCUGAAUUCUAAAUAUGAAGACAGUAAUGAGGUAACUGAAACCUUAUCAAAGCUUACAGCAGCUAAAGAGCAUCUGGUAACUGUUAAGAGAUCAUUUGAUCUAUUAAAGACCAUAAUGGAUAUUUCAAUCCAAGAUGAUCAAGAAAAACUACAGCAUAUUUCGUUAGAUGACUUUAAACUUGCAUUAUUGACGUUACAGGAGACCAUUAUCAUUACAUUAAAGAAACCUCAGAACGAUGCAACCGAUUUGUUGAAGAAGAUAGACGCAUUUAUCGAGUUGAAAACUGUUUUGAAGGGACUUCAAAAGUUCUAUAUCCCAUACACAGAAUUUGCACAAGCUAUUCAGAAGGAGAAGGAUAAUUAUCUAAAUAGUAAGGAUACACUAGAUGAGUUAUGA